CAGGCAAUGGUAAUAAGGUAAAUAAAUAUUUGUUAUCUAUUGACCCGCUUUAGAUGUUAUGUCUGACUCAUUUUCUGUUCAGCUAGCAUCACGAAACGUAAUGUUAAUGGUUUAUGUAUGAAGCAGGUUUCACUUUCAUUCACGGCAUAUCUUAAGGAACAGAAGACGAGGUCACAGUAUGUCUGGUUCAGAUAUUGCAUCAGUAUUAGACAAAAAUUCAACAGAAAAGUUCUUCAUCGAAUACAAUGGCUUUUUAAGCAAUCACCUUACACAUGGUGUCAUAGCUCUGCACAGACUUGGAGUACCAAGCGAAAGGAUUGAGAGAUUCAUACAAUGGUACUCUCCGAAACUGGAGUCCACGACUUCUGACGUCAUUGAUGACAGGCCUGUCGAAGAACUUAAAGGAAAACGUGUUGCCUAUUACUCGAUACUGAAACAUUUCGAACAUUUGCUCAGAGAGAAGUACAAAACUGUCGAUGACCUGAUAAAAAACGAGUACCCGCAUGUUUCCAAUGGCCUUGCUGGAUCAGCAUUACAUGGAACUAUUCAUCUGGGGUAUGGUUAUUCCGUCAGGAAUGAGCGAAUUAUUUUGGAAGGUCUCGCCUACACAUUUCAUUCCUAUCGGCCAAUCGUAACUACGAAAUCAAAUGCAGAUCUUGCCGUAUUUGGUAGUGGAAAUGUCGAAAUAAUGGAUGUCCUGAGAAGUCUUCGUUUGAAUAAAGAACUUUUCAACAAGAUGAAAGAGGGAAUAAAAGAAGACCGAUGGAAACCGCUGAAAUUAGGAAACUUUCAGUUAAGUGUCUGUUAUUUGUUAACUGACCACGGAGAUUUACUCACCAACCUGGUUCUCUCCCUUGCAUUAGGACAGUAUGUACGUGCCAGCGACUCAUCCCUUGAUCCAGUAAAGCUAGGGAGAAGAAUUGUCUACUUGAGCGUGUUGGUAUAUGCGCUAGCUGAGGACAGAAAUAACUUCUUCCUUCUCCAUGGUGUCACGUGCGCUUGGGGACUUCAUCAGAUCAUGCCACUGCUAACAGCAGAAGACGGAAUAAAAGUCGUCAGAGAAUUUCUAACCGUUCUACUGGCGGUAUAUGUUGCAGAAGGAUCGCCAGAUAUGAACGUCCCGCUUUCAUUAGGCCAGUUCAAGGAUAAAGACUGGUCUCAACUUAUUGACAGAGCUGUUGAAGUUGAUAGGGACGAACAUUGUUAUAAACUGGUGCAAGUGUGUAACGAGAUGGCGAAGAACGCUGUAGAAAACGACGAGGAUCCAGACGUCUACGUACAAGCCGCAAAGUCUGCUAUAGAUUAUGAUUUGUAUUUGUUCAAAAUUUUUGGUUGAUAGGUCAUCAGACGACAUAGUGAAGCACAGCUAUACUAAGUUCAUAAGUGCCAGUUAGGUUAUUUGAAUAUCUUCGUGGGUCUGUAUGUAAUCAGUUGGCAGGGACUGCUUAGUCUGCCAUAUUAGGCGAAAAACAAAAGUAUAGACAAUGUUACAAACAUAUGUUUUCUUGAUCGAACUCACUGAUAAUACGUAUGUCUGAACAGUUACAAAUCUUUAUGUAUUAAUACUUCCGAAAUAUAUACAUUAUAGGGAUGAUGUGUGCAUGAACAUAUUGAUAUUGUUAUCUUUGUAUUAUAUGUAGAUUUCGUCUCAUUUUCGAGACAUGUAUAUCAAUAAAUUACUCGAGAAAAUAAAAUCUACCAGCACUAA